CCACCAGAUGUCAUUACAAUUUGAAGUAUGUUUGACGUUUGAAAUGUCUCCUGUGACUGUCUUUUUCGGCAAGAUUUUCGUCGCGUAUAGAAGGCAAAAUGUCGCUGGUCAUACCUGAGAAGUUUCAACACAUCCUUCGUAUCAUGAAUACGAAUAUUGAUGGUAAACGCAAAGUUGGUAUUGCCAUGACCGCCAUCAAAGGUGUUGGUCGCCGUUAUUCCAACAUUGUGUUGAAGAAGGCAGAUAUCGAUUUAACUAAGCGUGCCGGUGAAUGUACUGAGGAAGAGGUUGAUAAAAUUGUUACUAUCAUCUCUAAUCCCUUGCAAUACAAGGUUCCCAACUGGUUCCUUAACAGACAAAAAGAUAUCAUUGAUGGUAAAUAUAACCAAUUGACCUCAUCUAAUUUGGAUUCAAAAUUGCGUGAAGAUUUGGAGCGUUUGAAGAAGAUUCGCUCUCAUCGUGGUCUACGUCACUACUGGGGUCUCCGUGUACGUGGUCAACACACCAAAACCACUGGUCGUCGUGGUCGCACUGUUGGUGUGUCCAAAAAGAAGUAAACAUUUUCAUGUUGAUUUUUUUUUUUACAUUAAAAUACUAUUGAAAUCCUGAUAAUUACAUUCAAUAAAACAAACAAAGGUUCGAGAAGUAAAAGUA